AUGCUGAGAGCUCCAAGGUCAUUACGGACAGUCAUCCUGUUGAGCAUCAGCUCGUGCGCACUGCUCAUAGGAUCAUGGACCGGAUUGUUCAAUAUAAAAUCGACGAUAUAUUACUCAUCAGUUGCACUUGGAUCCCAUUUUUCGAAAAAUAUUCUUUACGAAACACUGGAUGUGCCCGGCUUCGCGAACUAUCGUAUACCCGAUGGGCCAGAUUGCGGAUCAUUACAUACCAGUUCUACACUGGAAGUCACUCCUAGCCUCCAUAUUGAAGACGAUAUUCUAGAUCUCGCAGCUUCGGUGGAGCACUCCAUGGUGGAUUACUCGGGUCAGCCGAAAGGGCAGAGCUUCGCUAAUAUGGUUCACAAGACAUGGGCACAGAUGUCAGGAUCAAGUGUCUGGUUGCAAAAGUAUGGAGUCUACCUCACUGUGACAAGAGCAUACUUCUUCGAUAAAGGUGUUCAAUCAUGGCCAGUGAUUAGUUUCAUACGAGCACAACUACACGAUGCGAACUGGCAGCGCCUGGUGAACUACACUAUAACCUGGCAGGGAGAAGAACUCACAUUUCCACGCAUGCUCAAUAUCGAUAUACCGCACAAAGCUGGAGGCGCUUUUUUCGGUCCUGAAGAUCCUCGAAUUGUUAUUGAGUCUGGUGUGGAAGAUGCCGAGCCAGUUGUUAUAUUUAAUAUGAUGGAUGAUCUCAAGUCACUCAGAAGAUCCAUGCACAUACAUCGUCCUUUUUCCAAUUACACCACCAGGCUUCAACUCGGGAACCACGCACCACAUCUAGCCGAGAAGAAUUGGGCUCCGUUCUUCUUACCUCAAUCGGAAUUUCCUCCUUCUCCUCGACAUGCAGGUCACGAACAAUACCCCAACAAAUAUGUCCAUUUCGUCUAUGAGUUCCACCCUCUUCGCAUCGUGCGCUGUCAUCUGUUCAGUGGAGAUUGCACGCUCGCCUACGAGCAGCCACUGUCAAUCCCGUAUCUAGCAGACCAUAAGUACAAUGAUACUGGAGGUGUCAUGCGUGGGGGUACGAACUUCGAACCUCUUCCAGCCUCCAUUCAGACCAGACCAGGAGUGUUUACUUUUGUUGGCAUUCCCAGAACACACAGCGGGGCCGGCUGUUCAGGAGGCGCAUUUUACCGUCCUGAGAUCAUGCUACUCACAACCAACGGUACACAUUAUUAUUUCGAUUAUGCCAGCGUAGCGCUCACAUUCGGUUCCGCACUCUUUACACAAUCUCAGGCAGGUGCACCAUGUGAAGGUGGUCGCAUUUUCAUGGCCAACAGUAUUUCACGCAUACACAACGACCAGUAUGGUCCUAACAAGGAUGUGAUGGAGGUGACCUUCUCUAUUGCAGACAACACUGUGCAAACUACGAAGAUCAAGGGUCUACAAGCGCUUGUUAAGACUUUGCCACAAUUCAGAAUGGCUAUCGAUGGUAGCCACUGGCAGGAGUCAGAUAUGCAAUGGAACAUCAACGUGACGAGUGACAUCAUUCACUGCUCGACAGGAUCUGCUGCCGAACAUGCAAGAUUGGUAUUGCACUUGGACGAGAAAGAAAUGGAGAAGGAGAAGGGAAAGCAAGAAGAGAAUAUGAAGGAACUGAUGAAGCAGAUGGACAAGGAGGAGGAGGAGGAGAAGCAGAAAGAGAAGGAGAAAGGGAAGGGGAAGGAGAAGGAAGUAACAAGUAGCCAAGCACCUGUGGCAAGAAAUCUAGGCUAA